AUGGGUGUUGAAGAAGAGAAUGGAACACUUGAGAAGAUUGUAAUCCCGGCUGAACAGAUAUUUGAUGAGCUAGACAUGAAAAAAAGAAGUAUCUUAGAGGAGAAGGCAUUGAGCGAUAAAAAGUUGAAGGGGCAACUUGUGAACAGAGAAGAGUUGUAUGGCAAGUCUGCAGAUGUUGCUGCCAAGACUGAGAAGCUUAUGCCAAGUGUGGAAGGCUUCCUUGAGACUGAAGGAAAAGAGAAUUCAUGGAGGAUCAGACAGGAAGAUAUUGCUAAAGAAGUCGAUCUUUUAAGUUCACGAACACAGUUUGAUAUUAUUUUGCCAGAGGAUCAUGGCUCAGUUUUAAGGCUUCAAUUUUUGAAGAACCAUUUCCUGUUGGCAUCAAUAAACAAAUUUGGACAACUUCAUUAUCAGGAUGUAACUAUGGGGGAGAUGAUACAUGAACCAUUCUAUAGUGAAAGGAUACCAUAUGAAGAUGUUUUGGGCAUAGGACACUCGAUGGGCUGGUCUAGCAUUCUCAUAUCAUCAGGUUCUGGAGAACCCAACUUUGAUUCUUGGGUUGCAAAUCCAUUCGAAACAUCUAAACAACGACGAGAGAAGGAAGUUCGUUCUCUUCUCGACAAACUACCUCCUGAAACAAUCAUGUUGAAUCCCACAAACAUUGGUUCAGUGAGGCUAAUGAAGAAGAAAAAUGUAACGAAACAGGAGAAAGAGGCUGAGAUUGAGGCUGCUAUUGAAGCUGCCAAAGAUACUGAGUUUAAGUACAAAACAAAAGGAAAGAAUAAGCCAAGUAAGAUGUUAUCUUGAUUGCAUUGUAAAUCAGUCCUUUCCUAUUGAUGGUUUUCCAUAUGUUUUACUUGUUUGAAAUG